UUUCAGUUCAAAGUGAAAGUGAAAGUCAGCGGGUCGUUUUUGUGACGAGAAAAUCAUGAAGCUCUUUGGAGGAAAAAAAAAUCACUGAUCAAGCUAAGUUCAUGCUAAAAGACAUUUGACUUUCUGAAAUAAUGUCAGGGGAGUGUGAGAAAAUCAGAACCUCUGAAACGAGUCUACAAGAGGAGCAGGGAAAGAUAAAAAGUGGAACUGGAAAAAGGCCAAGUUCUCCUGAAUCCAGCUGUGUGUCCUUUAAGAGUGACCAGUCAAAGCCACUCUCUAUCCACUUUAAAGAUGGAACAGCCUCUCAGGAAAGUGGAACUGGGAAAAGGCCAAAUUCUCCUGUAUCCAGCUGUGUGUCCUUUAAGAGUGACCAGUCAAAGCCACUCUCUAUCCACUUUAAAGAUGGAACAGCCUCUCAGGAAAGUGGAACUAGGGAAAGGCCAAAUUCUCCUGUAUCCAGCUGUGUGUCCUUUAAGAGUGACCAGUCAAAGCCACUCUCUAUCCACUUUAAAGAUGGAACAGCCUCUCAGGAAAGUGGAACUGGGAAAAGGCCAAAUUCUCCUGUAUCCAGCUGUGUGUCCUUUAAGAGUGACCAGUCAAAGCCACUCUCUAUCCACUUUAAAGAUGGAACAGCCUCUCAGGAAAGACGGAAUUCCUACUCAGCGAGACUGCUAAAGCAUCCAGCUAACGCUGACAAAAUAAGAGAUAUAUACUCUAAGGGAAGAGAUGUCCUUGAACCAGAACCUUCUCUGAAAAGUGACGAAUUAGAAAAGAAGAUUACAGACUUUCUCUACAACAUCUUCAAUGAUCUUGAGAAUAAAAUGAUUGUAUUUAUAAAACAUGAGCUGGAGAUGUUUAAGAAACUUCUGAGAAAAGAAAACACAAAAUAUUAUGGAGAGGUGAGGGAUGAUCUGUGGAGUAUUAAAGAAGCAGCUCUUGAUAUGGCAUUGUACUUUCUGAAGAUAAUGGAACACAAUGACCUCGCUGAAGCACUCCAGGAUGCGCUAAUAGGAUUUCAGCAGCGUGCACUCAAAUCAAACCUGUGUAAGAAGUAUCAACACGUAUGGGAAGGAAUUGCAAAGCAGGGAGACUCCAACAUUCUUAACAAGAUCUACACAGAUCUGUACAUCACUACAGGCAGAAUUCAACAAAUGAAUGAACAACAUGAGGUGAGACAUAUUGAAAAGCAAAGAACUACUGUGAAAGCUGAAGAAAAUCAAAUGGAGCAAGAGCAGCAAAUUGAUUGCAAGAACAUGUUUGAACCUUUAUCUGAAGAAGACAAACCCAUCAGAACUGUGGUGACGCAGGGGGUCGCUGGUAUCGGAAAAUCCAUCUGUGUGCAGAAGUUUGUUCUAGACUGGGCUGAAGGGAAAGAAUAUCAGGACAUCAAGUUCAUAUUUCCCCUGCCUUUCAGAGAACUGAAUCUGAAGGAGAAGCAAGUGUGCAGUUUGAGGGAAAUCAUCUAUCAUUUUUUCCCAGAAACAAAAGGAAUGAGAUUCACAGAUAAGUAUAAAGUCAUGUUUAUCUUUGAUGGCCUGGAUGAGUGUCGAUUUCCUCUAACAUUCCAUGAAAAUGAGAUGUGGACUAAUGCAUCAAUGACAGCUUCACUGGACACUAUAAUGACGAACCUCAUUGAAGGAAAUCUGCUUCCCUCUGCUCUCAUCUGGAUCACCACUCGACCAGCAGCAGCUGCUAAGAUCCCUGCUGAACAUGUGGACCGGUUCACAGAGGUGCGUGGCUUCAAUGAUGUACAAAAGGUGGAGUACUUCAGAAAGAAAAUCAGCGAUGAGAGUCUGGCCAACAGAAUCAUUGACCAUGUUAAAGGAUCAAGAAGCCUCUUCAUCAUGUGUCAUAUUCCAGUCUUCUGUUGGAUUUCAGCUACUGUACUUGAGGUGAUUUUGGGAAGAACAGACAGUGAAGACAUUCCACAGACUCUGACGGAGAUGUACACAUACUUUCUGAUCUUUCAGACCGUACAGGGGGACAAGAAAUACAAUAGAAAGCAUACCUCAGAUAUUCCAUGGGAUAAAGAGGGAAUUCUUUCACUGGGAAAACUUGCUUUUAGUCACCUGGAAAAAAACAACCUGAUUUUCUAUGCAGGAGAUCUAGAAGCCUGUGGAAUUAAUCCCAGUAAAAUAGCAGUGUACUCAGGAGUGUGCACUCAGGAGACUGGCAGAUUUCUAGGCACAGUUUUCAGCUUUGUGCAUCUCAGCAUUCAGGAGUUCAUUGCUUCUUUAUUUACAUACUUAUGUCUCCGAAAUGAAAACAAGAAUGUUUUCGAACAACCAAAAGAGAGCAAAGAAACAAAAGUUUUAGAUUUGCUCAAGAUUACAGUGGACAAGGCUUUGGAGAGUGACAAUGGACACUUGGACCUUUUCCUCCGCUUCCUUCUGGGCCUGUCAUUGGAGUCUAAUGAGAAGCUCAUUCGAGGUCUGCUGACACACACAGGAAGCAGCUCUGACUGUCAGAAAGACAUAGUUGAGUACAUCAAGUCCAAACUUGAACAAAAUCCAUCUCCAGAGAGAUCAAUCAAUCUGUUCUACUGUCUGAAUGAGUUAAAUGAUGAUUCACUAGUGAAAGAGAUCCAAAGCUACAUGAGCUCAGGACGUCUUUCUGAAGCUGAACUCUCACCUGCUCAGUGGUCUGCUCUGGUCUUUGUGUUGCUGACAUCAGAGGAGGAUCUGGAAGUGUUUGAGCUACAGAAGUUCAUAAGAUCAGAUGAAUGCUUUAAGAGACUGCUACCAGUCGUCCAGGAAGCCACAACAGCUCGGCUCAGUGAGUGUAACCUGACAGAGAGAAGCUGCUCGGCUUUACACACAGUUCUCAGCUCAGAAUCCUCCAAGCUUGCUGAGGUGGAUCUGAGCAGUAAUCCUCUGGAGGACUCAGGAGUGAAGCUGCUUUGUGCUGAACUGAAGAGUCCAAACUGUAAAUUGGAGAAACUGAGACUUUCAGACUGCAGUAUAACAGAGGAAGGAUACACUGAUCUGGCUGAAGCUCUGAAAUCAUCACACCUGAUAGAGCUGGAUCUCAGAGGGAACAACCCUGGAGCAUCAGGAGUGAAGCUGCUCACUGAUUUACUACAGGAUCUUGACUGUAAACUAACAACACUGAAGCUGUUAAAAAGUGCUGAUGCAGAGAAGGCCUGUGAUUUUCUGACUGAGGUUCUGGGUAAAAACCCCUUACUGCAGAGAGAACUGGAUCUGAGUGGAAAAAUAAAAGGAGACUCAGGAGUGAAGCAGCUCUCUGCUCUACUGGAGGAUUCACACUGCAGAGCUGAGAAACUUAUGCUAAAGGACUGUGGUAUUACAGAAGAAGGCUCUUCUGCUUUGACUUCAUCUUUUCAUUCAAAUCCUGCACACAUACAAGAGGUGGAUCUGAGUGAGAAUAAAUUUGGAAACUCUGGAGUGCAGAAGCUUUGUGCACUGCUGCAACAUCAGCCCUGUAACCUGCAGAUACUGAGACUUUCAGACUGCAGUAUAACAGAGGAAGGAUACACUGCUCUGGCUGAAGCUCUGAAAUCAUCACACCUGAUAGAGCUGGAUCUCAGAGGAAACGACCCUGGAGCAUCAGGAGUGAAGCUGCUCACUGACUUACUACAGGAUCCAGACUGUAAACUAACAACAAUGAAAUUGUUGAAAAGUCCUGAAGCAGAGGAAGCCUGUAAUGUUCUGACUGAAGAUUUAGGUACAAACCCCUUACUGCAGACGGAUCUGAAUCUGAGUGGAAAAAUAAAAGGAGAUUCAAGAAUGAAGCAGCUCUCUGCUCUACUGAAGGAUUCACACUGCAGGCCUGAGAAACUUACGCUUAUUAAAUGUGGUCUUACAUCAGAAAGCUGUAUAACUGUGGUUGAAGUACUCAGUUCACUCCCCUGUUUUAUAACUGAUUUGGACAUGAGUAACAACAACCUACAGAACUCAGGUGUCAUGGAAUUAUCUAAAGAACUGAAGAUUCCACGCUGUAAACUGAAGAUAUUAAGGCUUUCAGACUGCAGUAUAACAGAGGAAGGAUACGCUGCUCUGGCUGUAGCUCUGAAAUCAAACCGCUCAUCACACCUGAUAGAGCUGGAUCUCAGAGGGAACGACCCUGGAGAAUCAGGAGUGAAGCUGCUCAAUGAUUUACUACAGGAUCAAAAUUACAACCUGGAGACAGUGAGUUUGUUGAAAAGCCCAGCUGCACAAGAGGCCUGUACUUGGCUAACUUCAGUUGUAGGUAAAAAUCCUUUACUCCUAAAAGAUCUGGAUCUGACCAGGAAGGAAAAAGGAGACUCAGGAGUGGAGAAGCUCUCGGCUCUACUGGAAGACUCACACUGUAAAUUUAAGAAAAUUAAGCUCAGUGAGUGUAACCUGACAGAAAGAAGCUGCUCCACUUUACACACAGUUCUCAGCUCAGAAUUCUCCAAGCUGACUGAGGUGGAUCUGAGCAGUAAUCCUCUGCAGGACUCAGGAGUGAAGCUGCUUUGUGCUGGACUGAAGAGUCCAAACUGUAAACUGGAGAAACUGAGUCUUUCAGACUGCAGUAUAACAGAGGAAGGAUACGCUGCUCUGGCUGAAGCUCUGAAAUCAUCACACCUGAUAGAGCUGGAUCUCAGAGGGAACGACCCUGGAGCAUCAGGAGUGAAGCUGCUCACUGAUUUACUACAGGAUCCAGACUGUAAACUAACAACAAUGAAACUGUUGAAAAGUCCUGAUGCAGAGAAGGCCUGUGAUUUUCUGACUGAGGUUCUGGGUAAAAACCCCUUACUGCAGAGAGAACUGGAUCUGAGUGGAAAAAUAAACUCAGGAGUGAAGCAGCUCUCUGCUCUACUGGAGGAUUCACACUGCAGACCUGAGAAACUUAUGCUAAAGAGCUGCAGUAUUACAGAAGAAGGCUGUUCUGCAUUGACUUCAUCUUUUCAUUCAAAUCCUGCACACAUACAAGAGGUGGAUCUGAGUGAGAAUAAAUUUGGAAACUCUGGAGUGCAGAAGCUUUGUGCGCUGCUGAAACAUCAGCCCUGUAACCUGCAGAUACUGAGACUUUCAGACUGCAGUAUAACAGAGGAAGGAUACACUGCUCUGGCUGAAGCUCUGAAAUCAUCACACCUGAUAGAGCUGGAUCUCAGAGGAAACGACCCUGGAGCAUCAGGAGUGAAGCUGCUCACUGACUUACUACAGGAUCCAGACUGUAAACUAACAACGCUGAAACUGUUGAAAAGUCCUGAAGCAGAGGAAGCCUGUGAAUAUCUGACUGAAGUUCUAGAUGCAAACCCCUUAUUGCAGAGAGAUCUGGAUCUGAGUGGAAAAAUAAAAGGAGAUUCAGGAGUUAAGCAGCUCUCUGCUCUACUGAAGGAUUCACACUGCAGACCUGAGAAACUUAUGCUUAUUAAAUGUGGUCUAAUGAGGGAAAGCUGUAUAACUCUGGCAGAAGUUCUCAGUUCAGACCCCUGUUUUCUAACUGAGUUGGACUUGAGUGAGAACAGCCUACAGAAUCCAGGUGUCAUGGAAUUAUCUAAAGGACUGAAGAAUCCAUGGUGUAAUCUGAAGAUAUUAAGACUUUCAGACUGCAGUAUAACAGAGGAAGGAUACACCGCUCUGGCUGAAGCUCUGAAAUCAAACCCCUCAUCACACCUGAUAGAGCUGGAUCUCAAAGGGAACGACCCUGGAGAAUCAGGAGUGGAAAAGCUUACUGAUAUACAAAACGAUCAAAAUUACAAACUGAAGAUACUUAGUUUGUUGAAAAGUCCUGCUGCACAAGAGGCCUGUACUUGGCUAACCUCAGUUGUAGGUACAAACCAUUUACUCCUAAGAGAUCUGGAUCUGAGCAGGAAGGAGGCAGGAGACUCAGGAAUGGAGAAGCUCUCGGCUCUACUGGAAGACUCACACUGUAAAUUUAAGAAAAUUAAGCUCAGUGAGUGUAACCUGACAGAGAGAAGCUGCUCGGUUUUACACACAGUUCUCAGCUCAGAAUCCUCCAAGCUGACUGAGGUGGAUCUGAGCAGUAAUCCUCUGCAGGACUCAGGAGUGAAGCUGCUUUGUGCUGGACUGAAGAGUCCAAACUGUAAACUGGAGAAACUGAGACUUUCAGACUGCAGUAUAACAGGGGAAGGAUACACUGCUCUGGCUGAAGCUCUGAAAUCAUCACACCUGAUAGAGCUGGAUCUCAGAGGGAACGACCCUGGAGCAUCAGGAGUGAAGCUGCUCACUGAUUUACUACAGGAUCAAAAGCUAAAGACACUGAGACUGUUAAAAAGUGCUGAUGCAGAGAAGGCCUGUGUUUUCCUGACUAAGAUUCUGGGUAAAAACCCCUUACUGCAGAGAGAACUGGAUCUGAGUGGAAAAAUAAAAGGAGACUCAGGAGUGAAGCAGCUCUCUGCUCUACUGGAGGAUUCACACUGCAGAACUGAGAAACUUAUGCUGAAGAGCUGCGGUAUUACAGUAAAACACUGUUCUGCUUUGACUUCAUCAUUUCAUUCAAAUCCUGCACACAUAGGAGAGCUGGAUCUGAGUGAGAAUAAAUUUGGAAACUCUGGAGUGCAGAAGCUUUGUGCACUGCUGCAACAUCAGCCCUGUAACCUGCAGAUACUGAGUCUUUCAGACUGCAGUAUAACAGAGGAAGGAUACGCUGCUCUGGCUGAAGCUCUGAAAUCAUCACACCUGAUAGAGCUGGAUCUCAGAGGGAACGACCCUGGAGCAUCAGGAGUGAAGCUGCUCACUGAUUUACUACAGGAUCCAGACUGUAAACUAACAACAAUGAAACUGGUGAAAAGUCCUGAAGCAGAGGAAGCCCGUAAAUAUCUGACUGAAGUUUUAGAUACAAACCCCUUACUGCAGAGAGAUCUUGAUCUGAGUGGAAAAAUAAAAGGAGAUUCAGGAGUGAAGCAGCUCUCUGCUCUACUGAAGGAUUCACACUGCAGACCUGAGAAACUUAUGAUUAUUAAAUGUGGUCUAACGAAGGAAAGCUGUAUAACUCUGGUUGAAGUUCUCAGUUCACACCCCUGUUUUCUAACUGAGUUGGACUUGAGUGAGAACAGUCUACAGACUUCAGGUGCUCUGGAAUUAUCUAAAGGACUGAAGAUUCCGCGCUGUGUACUGAAGAUGUUGAGACUUUCAGACUGUAGUAUAACAGAGGAAGGAUACAUUGCUCUCGCUGAAGCUCUGAGAUUGAACCCUUCAUCACACCUGAGAGAGCUGGAUCUCAGAGGGAACGACCCUGGAGAAACAGGAGUGAAGCUGCUCACUGAUUUAAAUCAUCGAUAUUACACACUGACACUGAGUUUGUUGAAAAGCCCUGCUGCACAAGAGGCCUGUACUUGGCUAACUUCAGUUGUAGGUACAAACCCUUUAAUCCUGAAAGAUCUGGAUCUGAGCAGGAAGAAAACAGGAGACUCAGGAGUGGAGAAGCUCUCGGCUCUACUGGAAGACUCACACUGUAAAUUUCAGAAAAUUAAGCUCAGUGAGUGUAACCUGACAGAGAGAAGCUGCUCGGCUUUACACACAGUUCUCAGCUCAGAAUCCUCCAAGCUGACUGAGGUGGAUCUGAGCAGUAAUCCUCUGCAGGACUCAGGAGUGAAGCUGCUUUGUGCUGGACUGAAGAGUCCAAACUGUAAACUGAAGAAACUGAGACUUUCAGACUGUAGUAUAACAGGUGAAGGAUACGCUGCUCUGGCUGAAGCUCUGAAAUCAAACCCAUCACACCUGAUAGAGGUGGAUCUCAGAGGGAAUGACCCUGGAGAAUCAGGAGUGAAGCUGCUCACUGAUUUACUACAGGAUUCAAACUGUAAACUGGAGACACUGAGGCUGUUGAGAAGUGCUGAGGCAGAGAAGGCCUGUGAUUUUCUGACUACAGUUCUGGGUACAAACCCUUUACUUCAGACGGAUUUGAAUGUCAGUGGAAGAAUACUUGGAGAAUCAGGAAUGAAGCAGCUCUCUGCUCUACUGGAGGAAUCACACUGCAGACCUAAGAAAUUCAUGCUGAAGGACUGUGGUAUUACAAAAGAAGGCUGUUCUACUUUGACUUCCUCUUUUCAAUCUAAUCCUGAGCACAUACGAGAGCUGGAUCUGAGUGAGAAUAAAUUUGGAAACUCUGGAGUGCAGAAGCUUUGUGCACUGCUGCAACAUCAGCCCUGUAACCUGCAGAUACUGAGACUUUCAGACUGCAGUAUAACAGAGGAAGGAUACGCUGCUCUGGCUGAAGCUCUGAAAUCAUCACACCUGAUAGAGCUGGAUCUCAGAGGGAACGACCCUGGAGCAUCAGGAGUGAAGCUUCUCGAUGAUUUACUACAGGAUCCAGACUGUAAACUAACAACACUGAAACUGGUGAAAAGUCCUGAAGCAGAGGAAGCCUGCGAUAAUCUGACUAAAGUUCUAGGUACAAACCCCUUACUGCAGACGGAUCUGAAUCUGAGUGGAAAAGUUAAAGGAGACUCAGGAGUGAAGCAGCUCUCUGCUCUACUGAAGGAUUCACACUGCAGGACUGAGAAACUUAUGCUUAUUAAAUGUGGUCUAAAGAGGGAAAGCUGUAUAACUCUGGCAGAAGUUCUCAGUUCACACGCCUGUUUUCUAACUGAGUUGGACUUGAGUGAGAACAGACUACAGAAUCCAGGUGUCAUGGAAUUAUCUGAAGGACUCAAGAAUCCAUGCUGUAAUCUGAAGAUAUUAAGACUUUCAGACUGCAGUAUAACAGAGGAAGGAUACGCUGCUCUGGCUGAAGCUCUGAAAUCAUCACACCUGAUAGAGCUGGAUCUCAGAGGGAACGACCCUGGAGCAUCAGGAGUGAAGCUGCUCACUGAUUUACUACAGGAUCAAAAGCUAAAGACACUGAGUUUGUUGAAAAGUCCUGCUGCACAAGAGGCCUGUACUUGGCUAAAUUCAGUUUUAGAUCAAAACCCUUUACUCCUAAAAGAGCUGGAUCUGAGCAGGAAGAAAACAGGAGACUCGGGAGUGAAGCAGCUCUCAGCUCUACUGGAGGACUCACACUGUAAAUUUCAGAAAAUUAAGCUAAAUAAAUGUAAUCUGACUGUGGAGAGCUGUUCAGCUUUAGCCAGCGUUCUCAGAUUAAAGUCCUGUAGUGUGAUAAAGCUGGACCUGAGCAACAACAGACUGCAGGAUUCAGGAGUCACUCAGCUUUCUGCUGGACUGAAAAGUUCUCAGUGUAACCUGGAGAUUUUGAGGCUUAACAAAUGUAAAAUAACAGAGGAAAUCUGUAAAACUCUAGCUGAAGUUCUCAGCUCUGAAUAUUCCCAGCUGAGAGAGCUGGACCUGAGCAACAACAAGCUGCAGGAUUCAGGAGUCACUCAGCUUUCUGCUGGACUGAAGAAUCCACAGUCUCGACUCACAAUAAUGAGACUGUGUAACUGCAGUGUAGCAGCUGAAGGCUGUGCUGCUUUGGCUAAAGCUCUGGAAGAAAAUCCCUCACAUCUCGUAGAGCUGAAUCUGAGCGGGAAUAAAGUAGGAGACUCUGGAAUAAAACAGAUCUCUAAUCUACUACAGAAUUCACACUGCCUCCUAGAAAAACUCAAGGUAAAUAAUAAUAAUAUGACAGAGGAAGGAUACGCUGCUCUGGCUGAAGCUCUGAAAUCAUCACACCUGAUAGAGCUGGAUCUCAGAGGGAAUGACCCUGGAGCAUCAGGAGUGAAGCUGCUCACUGAUUUACUACAGGAUCCAGACUGUAAACUGGAGACAGUGAGGUUGUUGAAAAGUCCUGCUGCACAGAAAGGCUAUGAUUUACUUGAUAGAGUUCUGGGUGAGAACCCUUUACUGCAGAGAGAACUCAAUGUGAGUGGGAAAAUAAAUGGAGCCUCACAGGUGAAGCAUCUCUCUGCUCUACUGAAGGAUUCCCACUGCAGACCGGAGAUACUCAAGGUAAAUAACAGCCAGAUGACAACUGAAGGAUGUGCUGCUCUGGCAUCAGCUCUGUGUUUAAACCCCUCACACCUGAGAGAGCUGGAGCUGAGUGGGAAUACACUGGGAGGAUCAGGAAUGAAGGAGCUCUGUGCUGUGCUGCAGAAUCAACACUUUAAACUGCUGAAACUGGGGUUGUGUAAGUGCAGUCUCACUGAGGAAGACUGUGCUGCUGUUGUAUCGGCUCUGAGAACAAACCCCUCACACCUCAAGGAGCUGGACCUGAGUGAGAAUACAAUUGGAAACUCAGGAGUGAAGGAGCUCUCUGCUCUACUGCAGAACUCAAACUGCACUCUGGAGAUACUGAAACUAAAUAACUGUGGACUUACACAAACACAAUGUGAUGAUCUGGCUAAAGCUCUGGAAUCAAACUCCUCAUCACAUCUGGUAGAGCUGGAACUCAGAGAGGACUGCCCUGAAUCAGGCUGGAGUUUUUUUAGUUAUUUUUCAUGGAAUUCAAACAGCAAACUAUCAGUGAGGAUCUUGAACACUCCUGAAGCAGAAGAGGCCUGUGCUUCUCUGACUAAACUUCUGGGUAAAAACCCCUUACAGCAGAAAGAACUGGAUCUGAGUGAGAAAAUAUCUGGAGACUCAGGAGUGAAGCAGCUCUCUGUCCUACUGAAAGAUCCCCACUGUAGAACUGAGAAACUCAGGCUGAGUAAGAGCGGUAUUACACAGAGCGGCUGUACUGAUCUGAUAUCAGCUCUUACUUCAAACCCUUCACACCUGACAGAGCUGGACCUGAGUGAGAAUACACUGGGAAAUCCAGGAGUGAUUCAGAUCUCUACUCUACUAAAGAGUUCAUCCUGCAAACUCCAGAAGCUUGUACUUUCAGACUGUAAUAUAACAGGGGAAGGAUACACUGCUCUGGCUGAAACUCUGAAUUCAAACCCCUCAUCACACCUGAUGGAGCUGGAUCUCAGAGGGAACGACCCUGGAGAACCAGGACUGAAGGAGCUCAGGAAUUUAAUGAAUGACCCAAAGUGUAAACUGAAGACACUGAGGUUGUUGAAAAAUCCUGAUGCACAGAAAGCUUAUGAUCAUCUGAAUAAAGUUCUGGGUAUAAACCCAAUACUGCAGACGGAUCUAGAUCUGAGUGGGAAAAUAAAAGGAGACUCAGAAGUAGAGCAUCUCUCUGCUUUACUGAUGGAUCCACACUGCAGACCUGAAAAACUUCAGCUCAGUGGGUGUAAUCUGACAGAGAAGGGAUGUUCAGCUCUGCUCACAGCUCUCAGAUCAGAUUUCUUCACGCUGAGGGAGCUGAAUCUGAGUAAGAACAGGAUUCAGGAUUCAGGAGUGAAGCUGCUCUCUGAAGAACUGAAGAAUAAACACUGUGACCUGGAGACUGUGAGACUUUCAGACUGCAGUAUAACAGAGGAAGGAUACACUGCUCUGGCUGAAGCUCUGAAAUCAAACCCCUCAUCAUACCUGACAGAGCUGGAUCUUAGAGGGAACGACCCUGGAGAAUCAGGAGUGGAGCAGCUCACUGAAAUAAAUGAUUAUCGAAUUUGCAAAUUGAAACUGAGUUUGUUGAAAAGUGCUGAAGCAGAGGAAGCCUACAAGUGUCUCACUAGAAUUGUCAGCAAAAACCCCUUACUGCACAAGCAGCUGGAUCUGAGCAACAAAACACCUCAAGAUGUCAAAGUGAAGCAGCUCUCAGCUCUGCUGCAGGAUCCUCAUUACAGACUGCAGAAACUUGCGUUGUAUAAAGAAGGCAGUAUUAAAGAGGAUGACUGUGCACAUUUGACUUCUGCUCUGGUUGUAAAUCCUUCACACCUGAGAGAGCUGAAUCUAAACGGGAAUAAACCAGGAGAGUCUGGACUGAGAAAUCUGUGCAAUUUCCUGAAGAAUCCUAAAUGUAAUCUGCAGAAACUAAAACUAAAUAACUGUAAGCUUACACAAACUCAAUGUGGUGAUCUGGCUGAUGCUCUGAAAUCAAACUCAUCACACCUGAUAGAGCUGGAGUUCAGAGAGAACGACCCUGACUCAGGACUGAACCUACUUCGACAUUUAGAGAAUUCAGACUGUAAAUUAUUUGUGAGGAUCUUGAACACUCCUGAAGCAGAAGAGGCCUGUGAUUCUCUCACUAAAGUUCUGGGUAAAAGCCCCUUACUGGAGACAGAACUGGAUCUGAGUGGGAAAAUAUCUGGAGACUCAGGAGUGAAGCAGCUCUCUGCUCUACUGAAGGAUCCACACUGUAGAACUGAGAAACUCAGGCUGAGUAAGAGCGGUAUUACACAGAGAGGCUGUACUGAUCUGAUAUCAGCUCUUACUUCAAACCCUUCACACCUGACAGAGCUGGACCUGAGUGAGAAUACACUGGGAAAUCCAGGAGUGGAUAAGAUCUCUACUCUACUAAAGAGUUCAUCCUGCAAACUCCAGAAGCUUGUACUUUCAGGCUGCAGUAUAACAGAGGAAGGAUACACUGCUCUGUUUAAAGCUCUGAAAUCAAACCCCUCAUCACACCUGAUGGAGCUGGAUCUCGGAGGGAACGACCCUGGAGCAUCAGGAGUGAAGGAGCUCAGGAAUUUAAUGAAUGACCAAAACUGUAAACUGAAGACACUGAGGUUGUUGAAAAGUCCUGAUGCGCAGAAAGCUUAUGAUCAUCUGACUAAAGAUCUGGGUAUAAACCCAAUACUGCAGACGGAUCUGGAUCUGAGUGGGAAAAUAAAAGGAGAUUCAGAAGUAGAGACACUCUCUGAUCUACUGAAGGAUCUGCUGAAGGAUCCACACUUCAGACCUGAAAAAAUUCAGCUCAGUGAGUGUAAUCUGACAGAGAAAGGAUGUUCAGCUCUGCUCACAGCUCUCAGAUCCUCCACCCUGAAGGAGCUGAACCUGAGUAAGAACAGGAUUCAGGAUUCAGGAGUGAAGCCGCUCUCUGCAGAACUGAAGAGUCCACACUGUAAACUGGAGACUGUGAGACUUUCAGACUGCAGUAUAACAGAGGGAGGAUACGCUGCUCUGGCCGAUGCUCUGAAAUCAAACCCCUCAUCACACCUGAUAGAGCUGGAUCUCAGUGGGAACGACCCUGGAGAAUCAGGAGUGAAGCUGCUCACUGAUGCACAAACUAGUCAAAAUAACAAACUCACACUGAGAUUGUUGAAAAGUGCUGAUGCAGAGGAAGCCUACAUGUGUCUUAAAAGAAUUGUAGGUAAAAACCCCUUACUGCACAGGGAGCUGGAUCUGAGCAACAAAACACCUAAAGACAUCAAAGUGAAGCAGCUCUCAGCUCUGCUGCAGGAUCCACAUUACAGACUGCAGAAACUUACGUUGUGUAAGUGCAGUCUCACUGAGGAAGAUUGUGCUGCUGUUGUAUCGGCUCUGAGAACAAACCCCUCACACCUCAAGGAGCUGGACCUGAGUGAGAAUACAAUUGGAAACACAGGAGUGAAGGAGCUCUCUGCUCUACUGCAGAACUCAAACUGCACUCUGGAGAAACUGAAGCUGAAUAACUGUCGUCUCACACAAACGCAUUAUGCUGAGCUGGCUGAAGCUCUGACAUCAAACUCCUCAUCACAUCUGACAGAGCUGGAACUCCGAGGGAUUGACCCCGACUCAGGAUUUAAUCUGCUUCCUUAUUUACAAGGGAGAUCAAACUGUAAAUUCUCUGUGAGGAUCCUGAAAACUCCUGAAGCAGAAGAAGCCUGUGCUUCUUUAACUGAAGUUCUAGGUACAAAUCCUUUACUGCAGAAAGAACUGGAUCUGAGUGGGAAAAUAAAAGGAGAUACAGGAGUGAAGCAGCUCUCUGCUUUACUGAAGGAUCCACAGUGUAGAACUGAGAAACUCAGGCUGAGUAAGAGCGGUAUUACACAGAGCGGCUGUGCUGAUCUGAUAUCAGCUCUUACUUCAAACCCUUCACACCUGACAGAGCUGGACCUGAGUGAGAAUAACCUGGGAAAUCCAGGAGUGGAUAAGAUCUCUACUCUACUAAAGAGUUCAUCCUGCAAACUGCAGAAGCUUGUAUUUUCAGACUGCGGUAUAACAAAGAAAGGAUACACUGCUCUGGCUACAGCUCUUACUUCAAACCCCUCAUCACACCUGACAGAGCUGGACCUGAGUAAGAAUACACUGGGAAAUCCAGGAGUGGAUAAGAUCUCUACUCUACUAAAGAGUUCAUCCUGCAAACUCCAGAAGCUUGUACUUUCAGACUGUAAUAUAAAAGAGAACGAAUACACUACUCUGGUUAAAGCUCUGAAGUCAAACCCCUCAUCACACCUGACAGAGCUGGAUCUCAGAGGGAACGACCCUGGAGCAUCAGGAAUGAAGGAGCUUAGGAAUUUGAAGAAUGAUACAAAAUGUAAACUGAAGACACUGAGGUUGUUGAAAAGUCCUGAUGCGCAGAAAGCUUAUGAUCAUCUGAUUGAAGUUCUGGGUAUAAACCCGAUACUGCAGACGGAUCUGAAUCUGAGUGGGAAAAUAAAAAGCGAUUCAGGAGUAGAACAACUCUCUGAUCUACUGAAGGAUCCACACUGCAGACCUGAAAAACUUCAGCUCAGUGGGUGUAAUCUGACAGAGAAAGGAUGUUCAGCUCUGCUCUCAGCUCUCAGAUCAGAAUCCUCCACCCUGAAGGAGCUGAAUCUGAGUAAGAACAGGAUUCAGGAUUCAGGAGUGAAGCUGCUCUCUGAAGAACUGAAGAAUCCACACUGUAAACUGGAGACUGUGAGUCUUUCAGACUGCAGUAUAACAGAGGGAGGAUACGCUGCUCUGGCUGAAGCUCUGAAAUCAAACCGCUCAUCACACCUGAAAGAGCUGGAUCUCAGAGGGAACGACCCUGGAGAAUCAGGAGUGAAGCUGCUCACUGAUUUACUACAGUAUCGAAAUAACAAACUGACACUGAGGUUGUUGAAAAGCACUGAAGCAGGGGAAGCCUACAGAUCUCUUACUAAAAUUUUCAGUAAAAACCCCUUACUGCACAAGGAGCUGGAUCUGAGCAACAAAACACCUGAUAAAGUCAAAGUGAAUCAGCUCUCGGCUCUGCUGCAGGAUCCACAUUACAGACUGCAGAAACUUACGUUGUAUAAAGAAGGCAGUAUUACAGAGAAUGACUGUGCAAAUUUGACUUCUGCUCUGGUUGUAAAUCCUUCACACCUGACAGAGCUGAAUCUAAACGGGAAUAAACCAGGAGAGUCUGGACUGAGAAAUCUGUGCGACUUCUUGGAGAAUCCUAAAUGCAAACUGCAGAAACUACAACUAAAGAACAGUGUAAAUGAGAAAUCCUGGGCUGAUUUGGCUUCAGCUCUCUGUACAAAUCCAUCACACAUUAGAGGGCUGGAUCUGAGUGAGUGUAAACUAGGAGACUCAGGAGUGAAGAUGCUCUGUGAUCUACUGAAGAAAUGGGAGUGUAAACUGGAGACACUGCUGUUAAAGAAGUGCAACAUAACAGAUGAAGACUGUGCUGCUCUGACUGCAGCUCUGAGCUCAAACUCCUCUCUGAAAGAGCUGGAUCUGAGAGAGAAUAAACUAAAAGAUUCAGACAAACAGCUGCUCUCUGAGAUACUGAAGCAUUCAGGAGGACAGCUAAUACAUGAUCGAUUCACAUUUCUGCAAUCAAAAGUGAAACUAGGUGGUAAAAAGCAUGACAGAGAAAUGUCGGAACCCGAGUCAUCUACAGUGCAGGAAGAACAAAGACAGGGAGAAAUGCAAUACACACAACUGGUAGGAAGCAGUGUGGACAGUAAUACAGGAAGCAGUGUGGACGAGUUCUCCAGCCAGCAGAACCAGGGCAGUAGCGGGACAGUCACUGAUGACAAUAUCACAGAAACUCAGACUGCAGGCACUUCUGUAUGACAUCAGAAAACAGAAUAGAAGUAUUCAAGUUACUGACACCAUUAAUCCACAGAGGGAACAAACCAGGGACUACACAAGCACUCGCACCUCCAAACCACAAAACAAAAUGUGCUAGAUAAACACCAAAAAAAAAACUCACCAAUGCAGGAUCCAGAAGAGUCCCGUAUAAAACUUUCUGGUGAUUGACUCCUAUUUCAGUGAAUCCACUGGCCACUUAAUGAACAAUAAAUUACAUCACAAAGUUAGUGUUAGCUUUCAGUCAUGAUCUGGUUUCUGGUCCUUUCUUCUGCCAUGGAACAUUCAGAGAUGAACAUAGUGAACAUGUGUGUUGAGAUGUUUGUUUCAUUGCAAAAUCAUAAAUAUCACAUAUACUGAAACCAUAUAUAAUUGAAAAAGAAUACCACAGACUGAAUCAUUUUUUUCCUUUUAUAAAUGAUUUGUUACACAUGUAUUUAAU